AAAUAAAAAAUUACCUAACAUUUUCGGUUUCUGUAUUAUCGGCGAAAUCACGUGAAUUUGAGAUUAUUUUGUUUUGUAAUAAUAUUUUUUGGUAGAUUAUAUGUUUUAGAGGAUAUAUUAAAAAAAUAUAACUUGAUAAUAAAAUUUGAUUGGGUAGGCAACCAAUUAAUCGUAACCUAAAAAUUAUGUAUUUCUUAAACGUCACCUUUAUGAUAUAAAAAUAGAUUUAUUAAAAAAUUCGUUUGGUUCAAGAAUGGAUGAGGAAUAUGUUUUUAAAUUUUUAAACCAAAACUUACUCGGCUGUGAUUUAGUAUUUAGUUUUUUUACAAGCGCUGUGAAUUCCCUCCGGUCUGAUUCUAGUGUUAGACCAUUUCCCCCUAUGUAUUUUAAAGAAGAUGGUAUUGAAAAGGAUUUUAAUUCUUUGAGAUCAAUUUGUAAUAGUAUGCCCCCUUUAAGAGAUCUUCCAUUUUUACCAAAUAUGGAGAAACAUAUUCAACUUUUAACCUGGUUAUACACCAAAUGUGAUCCAAUUUCUUACACAUUUUUUACACAAAAAUUCAAUGAAAAUGAGUUUCCUUUAAAUAUCUCAGGAUUUAACCCAAAAUGUAUAUUUAAAAUAAACCACAGUUCCUCCUCUGAACAGUCUUGGAAUGCACGUAAAGGAACUUUUAAUACAUCUUUAGCAUUUCAUGGGAGCCAAUUAGAUAGAUUCUAUUCCAUUUCAAGAGUGGGUCUUCAACAAAUAUUUAGUACAAAAACCAACCCUUUGUUUGGAGAAGGUAUAUACCUAAGCAAACAUCUUUCCACAAGUAUUAUUUACGCCCCGUAUGGAGCUGGGUGGAUUAAUAGUAUUAUAGGGGAGAAUUUGAGUGUGGUUGCUGUUUGUGAGUAUAUUGAUGAUAUUUCAAAGCAAAGAAAACUUAAAGAUUCGAGAGGUUCCACUAUUAAAGGAAUGAUUGUUGUUACUGAUAGUGAUUAUAUACGUGUGAAUUACCUUUUAGUCUUUAGUAAAAAAAUAAAAAGCAUUUCUGGUAAUGGAAAUAUCAAAUUAAUUAUUAUUUUACUUUUUGUAUUUCUCGCAAUUAUUUUGUAUAGCAAUAAGUUUUUGAGGGAAUUUAAAAUGUUUAAAUAAAAUUAUUAUAUUAC